AUGCGCUGCUCUGGGUACACUACCUGGCGGUGCUGCUGCUGGAACUGCGGCACGCGCAGCCUCGCUACGCCGUGCGCGUGGUGCGCAGCCCCGACGGCCAGUCGCGGCUGUACGCGCUCGGGCCGGCUGAGCAUCCAGCAGGCGGCUGCGCACGUGCUGGAGCGGUACCAGGCCGACUUCCCAGAGUGCACCCCGCAGCUGGAGCGGCUGCCGGGCGGGUCGUCCCGCAAGGGCAGCGUCACGCAUUACAAGUACUAUGACGUGGACGGUUCGGCGGCCGGCUCAGCCGUGCAGACCCCGCCUCAGGACACUCCCAGCAGCCGGCGCCGGGAGGGUUCUCAUAACGAGCGCUACCGCGAACAGCACGAGCAGGAGCGCCGCGUGCGGCGGCGACGCGCUCGUCUGAUGACGGCCGCCGAGGAGGCCUUCACGCACAUCACACGGCUCAAGGACGGACAAGGCCCGGCCGCGCCGAUGGAGCCGUACGAGGCGGCGCAGGCCAUCUUCCCCACCAUCGCGCGCUCCCUGCAGCGGUAUCUGCGCGCCACGCGCCAGCAGCCGCGCCCCAGCGUCGAGGCCGUCCUGGCGCACCUGGCGCAGUGUCUGGCGCACGACAUGUCGCCGCGCGCCUUCCUCGAGCGCUACCUGGCGGCGGCGCCAGCGCUGCCCAGCGGCGGCGCGGGCGAGCAGAACUGGACGCUCGGCGUGGUGUUCCAGCUGCGACGGCACGACGUGUCGCUCCUGUGCUCCGUGCUCCAGCUGCCGCACUUCAGCCUCGCCGAGGAGAUCAUCGACCCCAAGAGCAACAAGUUCGUGCUACGGCUCAAUAGCGAGACGUCGGUGUAG